GGGUCUUCUUCCACUUCUGGCGCGGCAUGUGUGGCAGCCAUGUAACGGCGGCUGCCGGCUAGUUGACGCGAGGCAAUGCGGCCCGCCCGGCUCCCGCGCUCCACCGGGCCGGGCGCCGGGCACCGGGCACCGGGCACACGCCGCUCCAUUAAAUAUCGCAACCCCGGCACCCCGCACCGCGGCGCCCUGUGAAACCACCGCCGCAGCGCGCGCAGUCCUCCUCUUCUUCCCUUCUUCCUUGCGCUUCCGCCGCCGGCCGAUCUGCCUCCCGGCUCCCGCCGCCUACGAGCUACGUACGAUCCGACUCGAUCGUCUCCGAUCGAAGGCCUGCCAGAGCCGGACAAGGAUGACGGCCGCCGCUUGCUCAAGCCAAAGCCACCCGUUCGCUGCUCCAACUUUCGCCGUCGUCGUCGAAGAUGAACGCUACCGCGUUGUAGACUCUCCUCGCAACGGCGGCGACGCAGAGAUCCUGAGGCACCUCGGUGAACUGCUGAAGCAGUACCACUCCAUCGGCGAGGCCGGGGUGAACGCUCGCCUCCCUUCGUGCGACCCGUGGGAUAUCCCUGCAAUGCCGGUGGACGAGGGAGAAGGCAGCAAGAUGAGGGAGAAGUAUUUUGUCACCGAUGACUGUACCCUCAAGAGCAGCUGUACGACGCCGGCGACGAAAUCUGGGUACUGGAAGCCGCGUGACCUCGGGUGGGGGAUUCCUAGUAGCGAGGUCAUCGGCCCAGCACUGGUCACCGGUUUGAAGACGACCUACGAUUUCCACAUUGGAGAAACCAUAUACCAGGAAGGAAGCAAAGGAACUAGCUGGAUCAUGGAUGUCUACUUCCUGAUUGACAAUGGUCAGGUCGAGGACGACUUGCUUUUGUGCCACGUAUUUAAAGGUAACUCGCGAGACUACGUCGCACGGCCGAGAUGCGCAGCCCAUCAUCAUGAAUCACCCAAAGAAAAAGAAAUCCAAGGCCAAAGCAACAAUUCCUUACUUGAGAGACCUGGAGGAUUAUUGGCAACGCACAUAAGCUCCAACAAGCAUCAAAACCAGCGUCUGUUUGAAAAUAAAGUACUAUUAUGAGAUGUGUGUUGGUUCGAAUUUGGCUAUGUUUGCAGAAAAUAUUAUUUUCUUCAAAUAAGUUUAUUAUGAAAUAUAUUCGAAAAUUUUGCUUCCUUUGAAAUCAAACGUGGCGACCUUGAAUUGAUGCACGUGAACGCAAAUCAGGCGAAAAGGCACGUGUUUCGAGCUGACUGAGGAAUACGCAGAUUUUCGAAAUUGAAAAUCACAGGGAAGAUGGAUUCAUCGCAAGGAACGUUUCAACAUGUGUUCGAUUGCUCACGCCAACAUUUCAUAACAGAUUGGCAGAUUUUCAAAAGGAUGUGCGGACCAAGCCAAAGCUACUACAAGAGCAUCAUGCAUUCAAGAAGCCAAGCAAGCAGCAUCAAAACCAGCGUCGAAUCCACCGUGGCAAGAAUUCACAGUAGAAACCGCCUGAUGUGGCUGGAUAGCACAUUCAGCACAGAAAGGGGAAGAACAGAAGAAUGAGGAAGGCAGGCUUGAUUCCCUUCAGAUUGUUCAGAGAGUUUAGUUUAGGUCUGGGCUUUAGCGCUCUCUUGGGCCUUGCUGGAAUGACUUGGCCUUCCUUGUUCUGCUUCUUCCGUCCUUUAGACACUCUUUGCUACCAUGACAUAAAAAGUUAGGCUUUGUUCAGUUUAAGAAAAAUUUUUGGUUUUGACUGUUGUAGCAUCUUUGUUUGUAUUUAACAAAUUUUAUCCAAUCAUAAACUAAUU